AUUUAAAUCAUAAACAGUACUCAGGGUAUGCCGGGGUAGUCGCAACAUCACAGUGCAAGCAAGUUCGAAGUAGAUAUGGCGCUCAAUCACGUGGAAAUUGCAGAUAUCCAAGUUCUGUUUGGACACGACUGCAAAGUAAUACAAUCGGCAUGUGGUAAAUAUUUGAAUGAAUGUUCUGGACAGUGGAACACACUGGAUUCUGGGAGGAUUUGCCUUUUGAAAAAAGGCAACUUUCAAUUCGUCGCCCUCUACAAGCUCAACAUGCCCAAGGGCUACAUCUGCCAAGUGACGAAGGACAUUUUUUACCAAAAAGACGAACGACUCCUGCAAUUUAAGUCAGAAGGAGGUGAGAAUGUGGCCUUGUAUUUCGAACACAAAAACGAAUUCAAGAUGUUCGUGGACGCUCUUCCCAAGUAUACCGUCAUGAAGAAGCAAGAAAGAAAACGCCCAAAGGGUGGUACAAACGCGGACAUCAGCAAGCCAACUGAAUUCCAGCAUCUGCAGCACUAUCAAUUUGAUCUUCAGAAGCAGCUCAUGGUGGUGAAGUGUCCUGCCGAGUCAGCUGUCACAGGACAUUCUGCAUCAGGUUCAACUCUGCCAAGGUCAAGAAGUCAGAGCAUAGGCUGUGGGACACUUCCAUUGGCUUUUCGACCUUUACCAGAAAUUCCUGGCCAGGGUCCCAUGGUCCGCCUGGAAACCCACCCAUCAAAAUAUGAGCCACGUGGGAGCAGACCACAUAGCAGUCCGCUCCCGAGCUCUGAUUAUGAGGAGGUGAUCAAAGAAUGGACUCAACCAGACAUGGGCACCCUGAGACCCCCGAACACUGUCGCCCCAAGCCCUCCGGUCCUGAUCCACAAUGCCCGUGAUGAUCCAACCGAUUCUGGACACGAAGAAAAUGUGUACGUAAAGAUAAUCAAGAAUCCUCAAAUGACGGGAACGGCAUGGGUAAAUGCCUCAUCAGCAUCGCCAGGAGUGACUGCGCAAUUACCCAUCGGUGGUCUGGAAGAAGCUGUGAAGUCUGAAGUGUUCGUACCAGAUGUGCCAGCUGAACGUGGGAUCAGAGCUUGGAAAAAUCCCGCAAAAACAUGGGCGGUGAAUGAUAAAGAUCCCAGGCAAAGUUUGGCUGCAGCAUUAAAAUUAGGGAAUGCUAUGGGUCAUGACAGAAGCUCACUCAGGAAGAGAUCUGGCUCGUCACCCUUUGCAAGUCCUGCUGCAGCCAACAGAGGGCCGUUGGAGGAGGAGGUGGCGAUGGUGCCAACCACGAGAGAAGUGGAAGAGAGACGAGUAGAAAUAACGGAGGAAGAGAAGAAUGUGGAUCAAACGGAAGAAAACGUAUCACCCGUGCCCUGUCCCAUCUGCUUCUACGUAUACCCUGGCUGGUUGAUUGAAGAGCAUGCGCGCACGUGCGAGGAAUAUUCAACAGAUCCGACGGCAUCGUGACACAGAAUCGGGAUAUUUAUUUUUACUGGAGGAGGAAUCCGAUGAGCUAUAAAGCUCCUUUUCACAAAUGUCCAAUUAGGGGCACAAAGUCAGAACGUUACAACACGCAACAAUAAACAAUGCGCAAACACGAUAGGAAAGGUAAACAAAUCACUUAAAUGUAAAUACACAAAUACAACUAAGCUGUCUCCCCGACAGACCUGGUCUUCACCUGAGGACGGCUGCUUGCGUUGUGGCCGAAACGUCGUGAGAAUUAUUUUAUUAUGUUUUAUUUUUAUUAUUUUAUUAUUUCCAUUCUACGUGACUUUACCGAAAGAACCAAGAAGAUAUUUUUUUUAUCUUACCAGGUAAAGCCCACUGAGCUAUUAGCUUCUUUUUUCAGAAGAGACCUGACCACAAAUGAUGGCUCAACAAAGUGGCUUCUCGUGCGGGAAAGAAAACACCCGACCAGAACGGUGAGCCGCCACCACCACCAGCCGUACGUGAAUACUCGACAUCUCGGCAGGUGACCGUGCAAAUCGCCCUCAAUACCGCUCGUGACCCGAGACACAGCCGCGAGCUAUGUUACGUCCAGGUUACAGGCUGCCACUUCACCCCUGGUCAUGUUAAAUGCUCAAUAUUACUGCAAAAUCCUGUUUCUCUUAAGACUUCACAACACAUGGUACACAUGCUGCACACAGCAUGGGUGCCACGGUGGCCAGAGGACGCCACGGUGGCCAAAUGAUAACAACCUCACCUGGCAUACAGGAGGAAGUGGGUUCGAGCCCAACCCCCGACGCCUGUUGUAUAUUUGGAGUUUGCGUGUCUCUCUCCCCGUGGUCGUGUGGAUUUUUCUCAAGGACCCUCCGGUUUUUCCCUCCACAUAUAAAAAACAAUGCGUUUAGAGCAUUUGCCUGUUCUAUAUUCCCACGUGAUAAGCUGUUUCGUCGAGUCAUCAUUUGUGGCUUGGUCGCUUCUCAGUGGGCCUUACCUGGUGAAAUAAAAAUAGUAUCGUUUAUAUUCAGAAUCCUUUUGACCUGCCACACACUCUCAUAUUAACGACGUGAAAGUGUGUAUUUUGUACACUAAAGUUUUUUUUUAUUCAAUAUACCGACUGUUCGCGAUCGAAUCGUCGUAGUUUUGUUUUUAUUAUUUUUUGUUAUUUUCUUUGAACCUAUCUACGUGACUUUACCGAAAGACUCAAAGAAUAUGAAUUCCUGCAGUCACGAAAGCUUUAAGUCAAGACCCAGGAUUCAUGUUAACAGCCUCCUCCUGAGAUCUUUGUCACGGUGGUCGUGAAAUUCGAAUGAAGUGAAACAUAUUCGAUGUGGCUGUAGAAUCACAUGAGCUUAUCCGUGUCCCUGCUUGCCUUUGAAAAUCGCCACGUGGAGCGAUGUAACUUGAAUUAGCCCAUUGCUUUAUUUUACUUUUCAAGAGUUAUAUUUUUAGCUGGGUUUUUUUGUUCGAACAAAGUUUGUACAUUCAACGAUAGGUCCAUUUCCAGGUGGGGUACUCCUCCCCCCCGACCGCUUCCGUGACCUUUCUGUCAAACUAUCAUUAUUUAUUUAACCUCACGUCAGUAACACAGUUUACACAAAAAACACCUUGCUAAAAAUCGUAACCCUGUGGUGGUCGCGGUCUCGCGUGUUCAUAACACGAUAAUCAUUGGGACGCUGUGUUUCCGACAGCUCUGUUUUUUCACCUGAGGACGGCUGCUUGUGUUGUGGCCGAAACGUCGUGAUAAUUUUAUUUUAAUUAGUUUUAUUUUUAUUAUUUUAUUAUUUCCCUUCUACGUGACUUUACCGAAAGAACCAAGAAGACGAGAAUCCUCUCCACGGCCCUCGACCCGGCGUCGUCAAUAUAUUUUGACCGCGGAAUGUUUCUGGGGGUUUUCUGAACAAUUUCACUUGCAAGGGGGCUGCUCGCCCCCCUCGACAUCGAGUGGCCCACGGGCCAACCCUCCGAGCGUCGUCGUGCGUCCCAACGGUUGCGCUACUUAACCUAACAGCACUUGCCCCAACAGUCUGCUAAGGCUACACGGGAGAUCUUUGAUGUGGAAAGAGCGAGAGAGAGAGAGUGAGCAGGAUAGGGCUGUGUGAUUGAGUGGAGAGAGAGAGAAGGUGAUAUCAUAGACUAUACGGGGGGUGAUCUUGCACUGUGGUUAACGCGUGAUAAGUGUUACAUUUGAUGUUUAAUUUCAUUUAUUUUAAAAUUAUACGGGUAUUUGUAUCUCGUGUAAAGAAAAAAGUUGUUCAAGAGUUGGAACAUUUUGUGGCUGAAACGUUGCUUGCUCAGCUUCGCUUACCGAGCAAUUUUCUCGGACCGUAUCUCGCUCGCUACGCCAGACGACACGCGCCUGUGUACGGACAUCUGCAGUCUGCGGCUAAAAUGUUGCAAAGUUAUCGAUACGCGUAUGUAUUCUAUGUAUCCGCGCUCACUUUAAUGCAUAUGUAAAGGGUGAAUCUGCCCGUUUCGGACACUUUCGCUGUGUAGUCGCUAUGUAAUUAAACAAUACCGGCUACCA